AUGGGCCUACGCCGGCUACUCUUAAUUAUUUCUAAGGGCUUUGUGCGCUGGCGGCCAAAUAAUUACCUCUAUAAGACAACCCUUGGACCGCUAUUAAUAGUUUUUGUACUCAUCGGUUUUCAGAACAUCGUAGGAAUGUGCAUAGCCCCGGGUAUGAUGGACCACACCCAUCUUCCCUUUUCUAUCAGCAGAUUCCUGUGUGGUAUUGAUGAUUGGCAAAGAGUCGUUAUUUCUGUUGCAGCAUUUGCAUAUCUAGGAGCCGUUCUAUUUUAUCUUUUAACAGCUUACCUGAGUCGCGCCCUUCUCCGGCAUCCAUAUAUCUAUUGGUUUAGCUUUGGACUAUGCACCAAUUUAAUUUUAGUGACAGAAGCCCCGAUUUUAAUUAACAUGGGUCAGUUUAUAGCCAAAGUCGUGUAUAUUCGUACCUCCAUGAAGAUCCUCUGGCUCGUGAUCUUGACGUUGGGGUGGCUUAUUAAGCAAGUCAUUGAUUUGAAUAUCAUCUCCCGCUUUAACGUUCACAAUGUCCACAUAUUAACUAUUUCUGCAGUGUUGGAUACUCGCCAGCUCCUGGCCAUUAUUAAGCUCUUUUCGUUGGGGCCUUUUCUUGCACAGCUCUACCCUUUUUAUGACAACUACAUCUAUGUACUUCACUCACUCAUCUUAAUAUUCUUUGUAAUUCAAGCUGAAAUCUUUGCGUCACUUAUUAGUAACAUCCUCUUGACCUUUGUGACAGUGUAUACUGCAUCUAUAACGGUAAUUAGUUCACUAGUGUACUUCUUUUCUACAAUUUCUCCAGGCCUUUCCAGUGCAGGCUUCUAUGCCAUUACGUAUCUAAGUGCCCUACUAAUUGCGUUACUCAUGGUCCUUUAUAAGUACAGCAAAUACCAUGACAGCGUUGAGCACUUCACUCGCUCCAUUUCCUUCAUGCGGUUCCUAGAGGGAAGCAGCCUGAUGGGAAGAUCGUCAUCUAGGCUAUAUGCGCUUCUAACCACCUUUGUCAGAAACUGCAAUGAAAGAGACGGGAUUCCAAUCCACAGGUUUGAAGCCUCAUGCAUUCAACUAAGCAUAGAAACACAAAAGGCCACAACUUACUUCAACACCAAGAUCUUCCUUUUUCCUCCGGGGAUACUGCUGUACUUAAUAUGCAUCUACUAUCCUCUGUCCCUUUUGUUGUCCUUCUACGAGUUUGUUAGAGGAAUGACCCUUUCUAAGGAUAUAGACCUUGUUAAUUUGGGCACCCCACAAGAGGAAAUCCUCUUGAAUAAAAAGUAUGGAAUUGCCUUGCAUGCACGCGGACAGCAGCCACCGUUUCUCCUUGAGCAGUUUUCUAUCCACAAUAUCAGGCUUGCGCGACUUUGUGAGCUUCGCACAUACGGAAUGGAUACAGCACUAGAUAGAUAUUUGAUAAAGCUUAUUUUUAAUUGUCUCAUUGUUAGACAGGAGAAGAUUGAAAUGGCAAUCUUGGGGUUUAUUCUUCUUCUUCUCAAUGACAGCGCCACAAAGGCGGAUGACUACAAGGAGCUGGCGUCUCAAUUGCACAGCACAAGCUUCUUCAGAUAUAUCGAUAUAUGUUCUGUGCUCGUCUCAUCCGAGGCCCGGACCAUUACGGACUCGUUUUUCAUGCCCCAACAUCUUUAUCGCGAGCACUGUAUUGCAAUGUAUUUGGCAAGGAAGUAUGCUGUACCAUUUAUAACGUCGACCUGUGCAGAGUUUGGCCAGAUCUUGGCUGUCAUUUUCACCAAAUCUGUAAGCAUUUCUCACAUACGCAUAUUGCAUAGCGCGGAGCUUACUAUGGCCCUGGACUUCGCCUGGAGCUACUUUGCAAGCCCCUGGGUCUUUAUAUACUUCGGCACUAUUCUGGAAAUUAUGUUGAAUUACACUGGGAUGACGGGGAACAAGCGUUACGAAGAACAAAUUCAUCAGAAGACGCUCCAAUUUGCAGCACUAAAUUCUAAAAAGUUGACUGGAAAUCAAUCUGCAAUCCAUCAAGAUACGACGACUUUAUUCAAUUUCAUUUCACUAGCAGGAAAACAUCUAUCGCCUGCGCAGUACUUCUUUAAGACCCACUUGCUCUCCUUGUUCCCUAAGAUUGACUUCAAGAUUUUUGAGUUGGAGUCUGUCUAUCAGGAGGUGAGCUAUCCUUCUCUGAUUUAUGACACUCUGUUCCCAUAUGUGCCCGCUUUUACCGCCUUUACAGUUAAGAUACAGGGUCAAGGGUCUAAGAUCGCAGAUACAGACUCCACAUAUCUGCAACAGAGGAUGCCGGAUGGAAAGGACCGAACCGUGAUUAUAGUUCCCUACGUGCCCACUCUGUACAGCCGCUUUGAGAAGGGCACACUAGUGACCAUACACACGUAUAGCGAAAGGGAGGUUUUCACCCCUUUGUUCAAGUGCUGGUCAGAUGCGCAUCUAGCUGGGCGCAGUACUAUGCACUCACAAUUUCAAUUGUUAGAUGAUUCACCGGGAUCUGCUACACCAUAUGGACACAGCUUUCAGCUUUUCUUGCGGGAGCAGAGAAUUAAGUACACCUCUCUUGAGAACUCGGAGUACACACUCUCCAGUCCAAAAGAAGUAUCUGGAGAUGAAGUGUAUCUUGUAGAUGAUGGAACUGACGGUGGAAAACUGGGUAUCGGCACAACGGAAAGAUGGAGUACAAGGUUUGCGCCCUCGAUCACCUAUGAUCUUCCUCCGGCAGUUGCCCUUUCACGUCUCAUUAAAUACUAUGCAUAUAUUAAUACUUCAAUAGGCCAAAACACAUUUCAGAAAUUUAUUUUCGGUAAACGCAAGACUAAAACGAUAGUAGAUCCUUUGGGAAAUAGAUCUGAAAACAGCCUAUUCAAGCUAGCCCGCUGGCCAAACUUGGUACAGAUAUGGCGGAGAAAAAAGCAGAAGAAGCAUGCCAAGAAGCAGGAAAAGGUCCCUGAACAACCUCAUAAGGGCCAUUCAAAUGGGUAUUGUGAGUCUGUGGUCUCGGACCAAACACAGGACACAUCAUCCUCAAUUAUUCUCGGUUCAACUAAGCUAGAACCGAUCGCAAUAACCGACUCUGCCUUUUCGUCCGUGUCCCGAUCAAGUUCAAACCUGGCUUUCGCAACAACAGCACCAACACCACCAGUAAGAGGCCAUCCAGUACCCACCCCAGGUAAUUACACCGCUGAGCAAGUACAGCGGGACUUGGCCGGUAUUUCUUCUAAGGAUGAGAAGCACUCCGUUUCCGAGUUACUUACUAGCGAGAAACUCCUCACUCAGGCGGUUGGGGAGCUAAUUAGACCCGAGGCAAAGAUUGUUCGCGUUGGGGGCGUUUCACAAGAUACUUUCUCAAUUAUGACAUUAGUUGUACUCAUCGAUUUGAUUGAGAACAUCUAUACAUUUGAGGCGGCAGAUAACAACAACUCCAUCCUCACAGUAGGGAAUACUGGGCACAUAUUUGUGGAUACGCUAUUUAAAAACAAUUUCCUUCGGUUUUUUAGAUUGUUGUCUGGGUUUAUAGUACUUUUCAAGCCCUUAACUAGGGGCCAGGGGGAAACCUCGAUGUAUCACGAUCUUCUCGGAGCAAAGAGUCAUCAAUCUCUUACCUUGCAAAACUGGACCCUUGUGACAGUACUACAGUUAAUCUACAAUGAGUUCUGUAUCGUAAGAAAAGUCCUCUCGUCCACAACUACAAUUCGACACAAGGACCAAUCGAUUUUGUUUAUGUAUUAUGGUUUUCUUCGUUCUUUUAAUUUCUGCCCAAAGGAUACGGCACGCUUUGCAAAGAUUUGCAGAGAGAUCAUACCAGAAGCGAUAGAAGCAGAUAGGACGCCUCACUUGAGAAGCUUCUUAAAUAUUGUAGUUCAUACACACAGCGGAAUCAACGUGGCACAUCACGACAGUCCCGGCAUGUCUGGCUUAUACCACGUGCACAGUUCAGGACGAAACACGCCGGCUUCACAGAGCUCUGCGGGUAAUGACAAUUCUAGUACAGAAAUAUUCAGCGAAGGCUUGCCCAUUUCGCAGCACUAUGACCCGCAGAUAGAUAACUAUUCUGACAUCAAGGCUAGAGGGUAUCUGGGCUCCUUAUUUGAUUCGCACAAUCACGAAGAACAUGCAGCCGCUCAUGAGAAUGAUAUUUUUGGUGCAAAUCUGAGCAAAACCUAUAGGCGACAACUUGAAGAGCAGAUUGCAAAGCGUGCAGAUGGAAUCCGGGCAAUCUCAAUUGUUGGGAGAAAGGUGCAUCUAGGCUUCAUAUCAGAACGCAUGAGGACCCUAAAGGGUUGGUUCAAUCUACCUCACCAGCUAGAUAACGCUCCCCAUACAACUGCAUCAUUUUACAUAUCCUUAGCAGGAACGGCUCUCUUCCUUUUUGUACUCUUUUGUAUAAUUUAUUUUUAUCUUGGCGAUCUGUGGGUUAGAGGUCUCACAUUGUCAGACUACUUAGAUCUUCUACUCUAUAAAUACAUACACAACGUUAGACUUUGGUCGAUUGAUAAGAAACUCACAAGCAACACUAGAGGUAAGUGCUCCGCGGAGAUGCGGAAGCAGUAUGAGACUGUAGCCACUGCGAGUCUGAGCUUGUCAUGCUUUUAUGGAGAAGGGUUGUGCAACGGGAUCUUAACGCACCUGUCCCAGUACUCGUUUCUAAAUGGAAACGAAUCAAGUUCCACGCAGGACUACUUACUUUACAAUGGUAGCAGCAAUGCGAUAACAAAUGAUGUCAACGCACUAGAAAACGAUUCCUUCUACAAGUCUCAGCUGAUCAAUCUAUUUCCAUCAGAGCUCUACAACGAGAAUAGUGAUGACAUUACAAUCUUCUUAAGCUUCUUUACCAAUUUAACAACUCCCAGCAAGACCUUCCAAGAUUUGCUCUCUGGGAUCAUAGACCCCUCCAAAAUCUUUUCAUAUAUUAGUGUUAUGCGAACAAACCCGCUACUGUCUAAAGUAUUGCAAAUACCAGAGACCUUUCACUGGCUGUGGGAAUAUCAGGCACAGCUGGAGAAUUAUAUCCCUCGUAUUAGCAUAACUCCUAGUGUGCUUAAGCAGUCCAAGGCGUUAUCCCCAAUUUUUGCCUAUACCGUAUCCUUCAGAGAAUAUGCAGACAUCUUGUCGUCUCUAUUGUAUCAGAAGACGUAUCUGCCCGACAACGAGAGGUUCCAUAUCAAGUUUGAUGAUUCGAGGUUCACGACGACCCCGUUAUUUGAUCAAAAUAUCUUUGAAACAGCGCCACAGGGGGUCAAGAAGUUGAUUCUAUAUUCCACAGUCGCAAGGGAUCUCGCUGUUCAAUACCUUUUCAACAUAGAGCUCCCAAUUCACAUACUGAUAUGCACGCUAUGUCUUGUUAUCGUUAUAUCAACUAUCCGCAGCAUCCAGUUUCGCAAACUCAUCAUUGUUUUCUUUAGAAUUCUCAGCAUUUAUCAGCAGCUUAACUACAAUGACAUUUCUCGUUUAUCUAACGCGAUCUGUUUUAAGAUAUGUGACUUUGUGAUCCAGUUUUACGAUAUUAAUGCCUUGCAGAUGCUCUUAAGAGACCCCCACAUUAACAAGUCAUCUAGUCAGUCUCGGAUGACCCCUUUUAGCACAAGUAUUAGCACAUCUAAACUCCAGACAAGAGCUUCGGGGACUACGAUGCAGACCCCAGCAACGUCUGCAGAGCCGUCUGUUCAAGAGGUAGACGAUGUUAAGACUCACGGAGAAUUGCCAAGAAUAGCAGAGGCAUCUACGAGCCAGCAGAACCAGCAAUCUUUUCUAUCAUCCUCUCAUCGUCAUUGUCCCGAAAUCUUGUCUACUAUGCUAGACAGUCGCUCACAGAAUACGGGUGACAGAAGCACAACCAAAUCACGGUUUAGCACACCCCUUCGCUCAGAGGACCUGAACAAUGAGAGUCUAAUUGCAGAGACCAGAUCAACAUCAUCAAGCCACAGGGUCAGUCACUUCAAGCAAUCUAGGAGAUUUUGUUGCAACCUGAUGGCGCACAAGGUAUUAGAAAAAAUCAAAGAGAUUAAAAAGCAAGCUGAUAGCACACUCAGCUUAACAUUCAUGCAGCGAGUGUUCAUUUGCUGCCCCUUUUUGGGCAUCUUUAUAUCCUUCAAGUCAAGACUGGAAGCGCUUGAGAAGACGUGCACGAGGCUGAAGGGUGAGUUGGACCUUCUAAGUUCAUUAAGCACACAAUCAGCAGAAGAAAAGCAAAUUGUUGAAGGUGCAAUAAAUGUUAUCAACGCCAGGCACUCCAAGAUGAAUUAUCGAUACGUGGCUUUAAAGCGCAAAGCAGACAACAUCCAACCUAUCUGUUUGUUUCUCCUAUUGGUCAUAUUGUCUGUAGUACUUUCGGUGGCAUCUGUUCACGUGCUGGGGUCUAUUUCCAUGACAUUGACCCACCGUGUAAUGUCAUCAGAGUCUGCGCUCCUCUUGACACGGAAGUUGCACUUUUUUCAGCACAUGCUGAACUAUCUUGAAACAGGGAUCUGGAACAUUCGCAUGGGCGCCAACGUUUCUACUUACAAAGAAACCUAUACCAGCGCAGUCAAGCACCUCAAUGUUGAGGAGUUAGAAAGCAUGUUUUCGGAGUUCAAUAGGUACAACGUCUUCUCCAUACCGCUUACCUCCUAUGCAAGGAUUUUAGCUCCAUGCAGCAAUUUGUUCUACGCAUUAACAUUCGUGUUUGAGCCAUUGUUGACGGCUCCUCGUUAUUUGUUCACUGUGCUUCGAGCCCCCCUCUUGUUCUUAACCCGCAUUGUUGCUCCGUCUCAACUUCUUGAGUAUACUCGUAGAGACGGCAAUGUUAUCCAUCGCCAACUCGAUUACCAUUUAGAAGUAAAGCCGUUCUAUAGCGACAGUACGGUCCUGACAUAUUACAAGCUUCUGCGCUACUUUAUAGACGUUUCAAAUACGAUGUUGGAGCUGCCAAUGAUCAAAGCAAAAGAUAGCUCCUACGACUUCGUCGCUACAAACUAUGAUGUUGAAAAUGAUAGCGCAGAAUGCGUCCUAAAGAAGACACUUUUCAGCAAUCUUUUAUAUGAUACGUAUUCUUUGGAGCAUUAUUUGGACCCAAGAUCCCCAGCAACUCUCCUUGUAGAUUACUUCGAUAGUCCCAACAAGGAUGCUGUGCGGUCUUUCAGCGACCUAUAUCACCAUGCAAAUAAGAUACUGGACAUGACAAGCUUCAAAAGCCUCUUCUAUCUCUUCUCUGCGCGCUUUAACCAAGAGGUUGAGAUUCACUUGGGCCCCAAAAAUUCCAGUGAGUCUGUGUACGAUACUAUGAAACGUGCCAUGAAGCUCUAUCUGUUCGGCAACUUCACGGAAUAUAUACUCAAAGAUACAUCGGGUACAAUCCGUUUGGUGGACCUUAAUCUUUCGACUAACUUCAUAAUGUCCAUCAUCUCCUUGUCUGUGCUUCUACUAACAAUUAUUCCUCUAGCUCUCUAUUGCAGCCUCUAUGUUUUUUGGAGCUUCAAGCACUUGCUCUUCUCUAAUGGACAUAGUCACGGGUUCAACUCCGGGAAAAUCAGAAAAUAUAUUAACAUUUUGAUAAUCAUCGGAAUUUUUUCAGCAGGACUUGCUGGCUGUAUGCUGGUCUCCUUGUCAGGUUUUAAUCUAGCAUAUGCAUUUCGCAUCGAUAGAGAAUACGCCUUAAUUCGCUCGCUCCAUGAAUUAAGCAGCUAUCACCUUCGUUAUCGAAGAGACAGCAUCGCGACGUUUCUAGACCAACCAGUUGCCUACUCACCAACAGACGUGUUCGUUCCGGCACAAGACCGCUUAGAUACUAUAUAUCAUGAAAGCCUAUCGCUUCUCUACUACUACGGCUUCUUCAUUCCUCAUUUAAACCGCCAAGAUUACUACAAUAUAUCUGCCUUGAAGGAAGACCUGUUGAAUGCUGCGCUUUCCGGAUACAAUGAGACAUCGUAUAUCUCUGAGCUCCAGCUCUAUAACUCCAUGCCUUCAUACAGCUCUUACAUCCUUAGUGAUUUUCCUAUUUCCAUCCAGGAGUACAUCUAUGCAGCAAAGAAGUUAAUAGAGCCGAAUAUACCCCUGAUUAGAUGGAAUGAGAACCUUGGAAACGCUAGGUUCACACAGGGAACUGUCGAGGAAGUGCUAUCGUCAUUCUAUUCGUUUGCAGAGCAAAGAAGCUUUUCAAUUUUAAUUCAGAAACAUCUCAGAGACAAUUACGUUUUAGCCCUCUAUCAGCCAACCGCAGAUUCUCCAGACAGCCACAUUAAUAUUUUAGAUUCUAUUGCUCAGAUGCAUCUAGAUACUCUUGAUCAGGCAAACAUGGGAAUGGAGUAUGCUUUUGGCAGACUCUACGAUGGCAUAAUGUCUCUCUUUGUCCAGAAGCAAAAAGAGCACGACUCUAAGCUCGAAGUUAGGUCUCUGUUAAUCAUUUGCAGUGUUCUCCUUACGCUGGUUACUAUAUCGAUCAGUAUAGUAUUUUCUUCCCUUCCCAUAUACACAGUGUACGCUAGAAUGCUCAAGGAUAGCCCUUCGAGUUCUUCAGACUCUCCACAGGAGGUUUCUGCGAUUGAAGUCGAGAUGCUACUGGAGCAGACAGGGCACAUGGUGAACAGCAUGUAUAACAUGCAGAUGGAUGAGCAUGCUGCAAAGCAUCUUCAUAGGAAUGACAAGGUGCGAAAGCUAUUUGACAAGAUAGCGUCGUCGCAAAUCGUUGGGACAAAACAGCUCUUUUUAGGAGAAAUCGUCUUCUAUACACUAGUUCCGUUACUUAUUGGAACCUUUGGGCUGUUCUUUCUAUGGGGGAGCAUAGGGCUUAUUUUCAUGUAUGCAAAAUACUACAGCAUAAGUAGCUAUGUAAAGGGCAUGCCCAUGCUUGUAGAAAGCGUCCGCUACAUUAACCAGUAUCUGAUUACAGAGGCCGAAACACACCCGGAAUAUGCAUCUAAGUACUCAUACUCGUCAACGGACAACUUAAGUGUGGAAGAGAAGAUUGCGAUCAAGGAAAGCGCGCAGAGAUUUCAGUCUUUCUGUGAUCUUCACGCAGAGCAUAUACAUUUGCUACGUAUCAUGCUAGAGUCAAUCUGCUAUGGCUCUGAGUAUGUGCUGAAGUUUAGUAGCCCCAGUGUGCGCUUUGGCGAGAGGAUCCAAGGAUUCUCUGCAGAGAUAGACUCAACGCUCCUCUAUUGGAACCAACACGAAUCCGUGACGACGGGUCAUGUGUCCUGCAGGAAGUUGUAUGAGAGGCUUACAGAAUUGAGUAUCCCAGCCCUCACGAGGAUAACUCAUAUCGCAGACCAAAUUAGUCCUCUCGGAAUCAAUGCUAAUUAUACAAUCAAUCUCAUCAACAGCACCAAUGGCACCAACGUUACCGGAAGUAUCACUCUAGGUCAGAUUUUAAACCUUCUUGUGCCUCUAAGUAACAUCAACCUCACAAGCAACUUAGAAACCUUUAGAGUAAUGAGUGACACUCUUCAGGUAGCGAUGGAGGCGGUGUCCAAGCAAAUAAACACAUACCUCUAUAACAGGAUUGUGACGGUGGUGAUUGUUUUAGUCGUCGUAGUCUUUGUCUAUACAAUUAGCAUCAUUGCUCUCAUUUGGUCGACUGGCCGUCUAAAACAUCUCAAAUCCGUGAUCAUGUUUGGCCACAAUAUCCUGGUGGAGUGGAGAGACACCAAAUUUAAACGCCGACCUGGUUCAUCAGACUAA